AUGACUUCUGAGAUCUUCAAGAUGAAGGGCCUCUCUGAACAAGUCAGAAAUGACUUUAUUAGAGGUGUCGAGGAAAGGCUAGAAGCUCGGUUGGAGAAGGAAGUGGCUGAAAAAGCUAAAAGGGAAGCAACUCAGAAAGCUGCCAAGGAGGCUGCUGAGAAAGCACCUGCAGAAGUUGCAGCCGAAGAGAAAGCUAAGCAAGAAGCAGAAGCUAUAAUGGCCGAAGAAGAUGCUCAGAAGGCUGCAUAUGAGAAAACUGUUGAGUUCAAAGUAAACUCUCAGGACCUAUCUGAAUCAAGGGAAACUGAAUUCUUAUAUGAGAAAUUACUAAAUAAAAUCAAGCAACCUAAGAAGAUAUGUCUAGAAGCACUGGCCCAACACAGAGAAAUCACAUCUGACUCUGAGCAGAAUGCAUCUAAGGAGCAAUCACCUAAAGAAUCUGGCUCUGAAGUUUAA